AUGAAAGUGUCACUUCCCAACACAGUUGAUAAAAUCGUGACUGGUGAUGCUGGUACGAUAGAUAAUCCUAUCGAUGCUCUCAUUAUCGGUGCUGGUCCUUCUGGCAUGGUAUGUCUUCGAAAUCUGCUCAGAGAUGAUCCUCCACUCUCAGUUCUUGCUGUGGAGCGUCAGGCAGUUCCCGGCGGAAUUUGGACUGGCCAUAUCCCAGAAUAUUCAACUCUCCAAGAUCUGGUCGUCGAAUAUGAAUGUCACGGGGUCAAGUUUCCUCGACGAGAGCCUCAGAGACGGGCAUCGAGAGAUCAAGUUGCUGAAUUUUGUCAAGCAUAUUUCCAAGAAUUCCAUCUCAGCCAACAUGUGCUGUGGCAGCAUGACGUGGUCCAUGUGGAGAUGGUCAAGCCGAUGCUUCAUAAAGUUGAUCUUCGUCCCUUGGUAGAGGGACUGGAGAACUCCGUCUCUCGGACCAUUUACACGCGAAGUGUUCUUGUUUGCACUGGACACAAUAUGUAUCCUUACAUGCCCAAAUUUCCGGGCCAGGAAACGGCAACUUUCCCUAUUAUACACAACAAUAAUAUUCGCGAGGCAAAGGAGAUCCCUACCUCGGACGUUUUAAUUGUCGGAGCAGGUCCCUCGGCCAUGGAUAUCAUCCAGCAAGCCUGCCUCACCCAGAAUGCAACCAACGUUCACCUGGUUGCACGCUCUCCUCAUUGGGGUGCCCCAGACAUGUGGUGGCCAUCACUAUGGAGAUUUGGAUGGACAGAUCUGCACUUAUGCCGAGUCUUGUACCGAAUCCUACCAAUCUUCGUUGUGGACGCCAUUUUAUACUUUAUCCACUACAUCUGGGCCCUGAUCCAAGGCGUCCCAGAAUGGCGACCUCCAUUCCAUGAGGGUGCAUCCGCCAAAGUAGGCUACAUCCUCCGAUCCCACCUCGUCCCGGCGUACAAAAAUGGCCAAUUCAAGAUCCACAAUGGCUGUGGUAUCAAGCUCAUCGACGGCGAUAGUGUCGCCCUGACGAAUGGCACAGUCCUCAAACCAAAGAUGUUCGUCGCAGCAACCGGGUGGUCUACUGAUUCUUCCUACCUCCCCGAGGGCUGCGAAGCAGGAGAAUACGACUCCCUGGCCGCUGCUGAUGCGGAGCGCCCUCUGUACCUCCGCUUCUACGACCAGGACUACCCCGGGAUCUUCUAUAUAUCCGUUGCAGCGGGUUUCAUCACGUAUACUGAAAACGCGUCAUUUCUCAGCCAAGCUGUUAAUCAGAUCUUGAGAGGCACUUGGACUCCGCCGUCUGCGGAAGAGAUUAAGAAAAACAAUAGGGAGGUCGCGUUGCAUCAUAUUGCUCUUCCUGGGCUUAUUGAAAAUGAUCUUGAAGCUGCGGGCUUCAAGGAUCUGAGAGGGAAGAAUUACCGUUAG